AUGCUCGUUGCUACACUUCUCAGCCUGUCAGCAGUGGCUGCCGCUCUUCCAGCAUCCAAUUACGAUGCCCUCCCAACCACGGGGACUGUGAUAAAUCUAGAUAUUACUGCCUUGAACGAGACUUAUACCGUUCAAGAGAACGACACUUUGUCUGCCAUUGCCGCCAAAUACGGCGUGGGAACCUGUGAUCUCGCCAGAUUGAAUAUCCUUGCUGAUCCCAACUUCAUCUAUGCUGGCGAGGUCCUUCGCAUCCCUGCUCAACCGACCUUCCCAGAUGAUCUGAGUUGCUUCAGCACCAAUAACACCGAGGCCACCAACACCUGUAUCGAUAGUGGUCCACACGUGUAUACAAUCAUGCCUGGAGAUACCAUUCAGAAGAUUGCCAACGAACGAUUUAACAUCACGGUCGAGUCCGUCAUAAAUCAGACCGCCCAAACUGGAUAUAUUGCCGCCUUGAACCCUGGCCCUUAUGAUGUCCUUCAGACGGGCGAGACAGUGAAGAUCCCCAUCUGUGACAAUACGGCAUGUACCAUGACACAGUUUACUCUUGGAUAUGGCACCCUGCAAGACUUUGCUACUUACUAUGGGGUCGCCGUGGGCCAAAUUAUGGCGUUGAACUUGGGCUACAAUCAUUCGGAAGCUGCAGUUCCUUUAGGAGUGCUUUAUGAUUGUAGCGCUGUGAAUGAGGCUUGA